CAAAGCUUCCCUGCCGCUCCUCGUGAACAGCAACAGCACCACCUGAGAUUACCAGCUGAGUGUGCCCAAGGGUGAUUGCUUCCUCCCUUUUUCUGCCCUGCAUCCCAUCUAUAUAUAAGCAGCUUUGGUUACCCUUAUCUUUUGAUAAGAGUAGGAGUGAAAAAUGACUGUGGAAGUGAGUGGAGCUUUUGGAUUUAAGGUAGUUCGCGCAGGACCAGACUUUGCUAUGUUGGCCAAGACAGUGCUUUCUCUUGGUUUGUGGCUGCAGUUUGCGGCGGGACAGAACACACCUGAGAGAGGUCCCCAGCCGCCUAUUUCCAAUUCAGAGGGGGACAUCCUCUUCUUGCUGGACAGCUCUGGCAGCGUCUCCUACUAUGAGUUUUCCAGGGUCAAGGAAUUCAUGUGGGACCUUGUGCAACCUUUCACCUUUGGCCCCAAAGACGUCCAGACCAGCAUCAUCCACAUCAGCACUACACCCACCAUGGAGUUCCCUUUUGACCGGUACCUUUCCAGUGGGGCUCUGCAACAAGCCAUCCGGGACACUCAGCAGCUCAUGGGCGACACUAACACAGGCAAAGCGCUCUCCUACGCUAAGGAGAAGUUCUUCAGUGAUGAAGCUGGUGCCCGGCCAGAUGUGCCCAAGGUACUGGUUUGGGUGACAGAUGGUUUCUCCACUGAUGACAUCUCUGAACCCAUGCAGCUCCUGAAGGACAUGGGAGUAACUGUCUUCAUUGUCAGCACUGGACGGGGGAAUUACCUGGAACUCUCUGCCGCUGCCAGCCAGCCUCCUGAGAAGCACCUCCACUUUGUGGAUGUUGAUGACCUACCCAUCAUCACAAAGGAGCUUCGAGAUGCUAUCCUAGAUGUUAUCCAAGCAAAUCGGCUCCAUGCAGUAGAUAUCACCUCAAGCAGCUUCCGUCUGAUGUGGCCUGAAUUCCUCUCCCAAGAAACUGGCUACUACACCCUAGAGUAUGCCCCAAGAGAUGAUCUAGCAAGGAAGAGGACAAAGCAAGUGUCUGGGGCUCACACUAGCCUCACGUUAAGCAACCUUGCACCAGAAACUACUUACGAGGUGGUACUCAUUCCUGAAUCCAACGUCCACUACUUCCCUCCCCAGACAACAAGGGUUACUACGCUGGCAGAGGAAAUAAGCCCAGCUGAGGUUCUCAUCUCAGACUCUGGGCCACACAGCUUCCAUGUUAGUUGGGCUCCCACACCGGACAGCGUGAUCGGCUAUCAGAUCCUGUAUGGACCACUCCCGGGGAACUCAGUGAAGCUGCUGGAGGUGGAUGGCAAGCACAAUAGCACUGUGGUGGAGAAUCUGGCACCCAAUACAACCUAUCUAGUGACAGUGACUGCAAUCUAUAAAUCGGGACAGGAGAAAUCCCUGUCAGCUAAAGCAUGCACUCAGGAAGAGGGCUCCAAGGUGAGACACCUUCACUUUGAAAACAUGGGCCCCAACACCCUGAAAGCCUCCUGGGACUCUGCUGCCGGGAAAGUCCUUGGUUACAGAGUCAGAUGCCGGCGGCAAACUGGCCCUUCAUCUGUCAUCAGCGUUUCGCCGCAGAUCCACAGUGUGCUCCUCACAGACCUGGCUUCAGGCACCACUAACAAAGUGUGCGUGAAGCCCAUGUACAAGAACCAGCCAGGCAAAGGGCUAUGCCGCAUGGUGCACAUGCAGCCAGCUACAGAGGCCCAAGGAUAUAAGCACAGACGGAGAGCAUAACAGAACUCUGGAGUGAACUGAUGCCCAGCAGAGCAAGGAAUCUUGCUUGGACGAAGACUUGGACAAAAAGGAGGGGACGGGGGAGGAAACCAGAAAGCUCACAGAUCAUCUCCCAGCCUGCACUGUCUGUUGAGGUGUCCUGGUUGUCAUCCCUAAAGGCUGUCCUCAGCCAAGUUCUCCGAAAGCUUAAAGGUUUGGCUUGGCUGGAUGGAACAACCAAUCUGACUAAUAGAUCCCAAAUCUGUACCCUCUUUCAUAUAAAUAUGCCUGACAAAUAACAAACAAAAGGCAAAGUGAUGAAUCCUCACUAUUGCUUUCCUACUGCCUGUUCUCUAUUUAUUAAAUGUUGAUGCAGUUUUAUUUUUGCAGCUUAUGAGCAUGUUCAAGACUUGGCAAUUUACUGCCCUGGCCUUUCAUUCUGGGCACCUGCACUCAGAGAAAGACUACAUGUGGCCAAAUCCAUUCCUGCUGCCAACAGCCAUUAAAACUGACACACUUGACAAAGAGCAGCUUUCCUCCAACUCAUCCAGUGUUCUCAACAGGUAGCUCAAAUUAGGCACCCCAAAAGUAUAGCAUCUCAGGGAUGGGAGGGAAAAGCAUUAGGAGAAAGAAUAACAUAAUACAAAAAUGUACAGUAUGCAGAGGAGGUUGGGUCAAAGCCACCAGGAGUUCUGAGAAGAGGAAGAAAAGAGGUUGUUAACCCUCUUAGCCUUUGGCCAGGACAUGGAGACACUUUAUAAAAGACAUCCUGCCUUUUACAAAGUGCAUGGACAGUUUAGCGUUCCCAGACGGCUUAUGGCAGAGCUUGGUUGGUGGACUCUGAGAAAGAGAACGACAGGGCUGUGCCAGGCUAGGGCUGAUGAGCACUGUCAGAGUGCUCUAGCAGAAAAGUUUGCUCACUGUCUGCCUGCUGAAUUCUUGAGUCUCAUCAACGCUAUUCCACUCUCCCUCUGGCACUGGUAUUAAAUUCAUCUGCUGCAAUGACAUACAGAUCCCAGAUGGACUUUGAAGGGUUCAGUUCCCCCAAGUCAUUUUCCUUGGGAUUUGGUAUCAGCCUGAGAGAGCAGGAAACUCAAAAACUUGGGAAUUUGCUUCCCCAGCAGGUUACUCUAGACCUCUCAGCCCUCAGCUGAGCUCAAGGAGCAGCAGCGAGUCAAGAAAAGCCAGACAGCACGACCAGCUAAAGCAAUUAUUUUUGUUUCUCAUUCAAAUACACACCUCCAAACCACAGUACAGUGCUGCCUGGAUCAUGACCACUGAAUUACUGUGGCAUACCUGCAAUCAGUUUCACCAAAUUGGAUGUGAGCUCUGCUGUCAGAGCAGCUACAUGGAGUUUAAUUAGCCUGCUCUGUGACUAAUUGUGGACAGUAAGUCUCCAGCACUAUCACUCCAGGCUCUAGCCUCUGCACUCUGAAAACACCUAGCACAUCUUUAGUGUCUCAUCCUGGGCUUCCACCUAGUGCUAAGCUUGAGCUACACUUAAAAAUCAGGGUUUUAGGGGAAGAGAGUAAAUCUGAUUCUUUCCCUUUGGCCCCAGGCUUGAAUUUGCUGUCACCAAGCUACUCUUUGGAAAGGGGAGCUGGAAAAAAGACAAUUUUAAUACCUAGUGACAAAGCCAUUGGAGCAGCAUGGUUCCAAAAUUCAGGGCUUAGGGCUGUAAAGAAAUGCGUAUGCUUUUCUGGUAACAAAACCCAGCACCAGUGGGAACACCUUCCCUCAGUAACACUUGCUCUCUUUUGAACUUACUGCUUGUUUGUCCUACAUGUGGAACUUUUUUUUAAAACUGUGCUGUAUGUUGGAGAGCGCCCAUGCAGUGUGGCUCCAUCCUGCAAACCCUCCAUUAGCUCUGCUUGCGGACUUAAAACAGCUCCUUUUGGAGCUGAGAGGAACUUUGGCACUGACCUUGUCUCCCGAGUGCUGAAUUCGUCACGUUGAGGUUUAUGGAGCAUUUGCCUUGGGCUGUCGUCUUAUACAGGAGGAAGGGAUAGGAGGGAGGUGAGUCAUUCAUUAACCCGAUAAGAAGAUUUCAUAUGAUUUGUGUUCUCCUUUGGAAUGUGCAGUUGUGACUGAUUAAUCUUAAUGGAGACUCUGUGCUGCGGGGAAGAUAAAGCCUCUGGAAUCUCUCAUGCAAUAAGAUAAUCUUGUUCAUUCUUGCUGUAGGACAGAAAUUAAUUUUGCACAACUCCCUGCAUAGUUUACUAAUACAUUAAUGUGUCAUCCCCCCCAAUUGUAAUGCAUCCUUUUGAAGACAAUUAAAUAUAUA